AUGGAAAUGGUGGCUGCCGCUUAUUCCUCUCAGUUUCAGUUCCAAUCAUUCUGUUUCGCCAAAUCCAUAAAUAAAUCGAUCAUACCCGGAAGCGUAAUGUGUUUCAAACCCAGUUCAAAAUCAGUCGCUAUCCGAGCCAUAGGCCAGAACUUUCAACAUUGCUUCACCAAAAAAGAAGAUGAAUAUAUGUAUUGUGAGGUUGUUAAGGUCCAAGAAGUCUUGGAUGCUGCUGAAAGAACGCCUUUUUAUCUUUACAGUAGGCCGCAGAUAACCAGAAAUAUCGAAGCUUAUAAACAUAUGAGGAAGAUGGGCCGUGGGGCUGUUGUGUUCAAUGGCAAUGAGCUCAGAUUGACCAUUGAUGCUGGCUUCGAUCCUUCCAGAAAUAGUGGACUUUUGGCAACUUGUUGCUUCAAAUUGGUGUUAAAACUCCUCCGUGGAGAUUGA